AUGGCAUCUAUACCUUAUGCGUUCGCUGUUGGUAGUCUAAUAUAUGCACAAGUCUGCACUAGACCCGAUAUUAUAUUUGUUGUCAAUGUAUUAGGUAGAUAUCAAAGUAAUCUGGGUAUAGAACAUUGGAAAGCUGCCAAAAAAGUGAUGAGGUAUUUUCAAGGAACCAAAGACUAUAGACACACAUACAAGCAUUCUGACAAUCUUGAAGUUAUUAGAUAUACAGAUUCAGAUUUUGCUGGAUGUAUAGACACAAGGAAGUCUACUUCAGGAUACAUCUUUCUUCUUACUGGAGGAGUUGUAUCUUGGAGAAGCAAUAAGCAGACUAUAAUUGCAUCAUCUACUAUGGAGGUAGAAUUCAUUAGUUGCUCUGAAGCCACAACACAAGCAUUAUGGUUGAGAAAUUUUGUCAAAGGCUUAAAAGUUGUUGAUUCUAAAGAAAGGCCUUUGAACAUUUAUUAUGAUAAUUCAGUUGCAAUUUUCUUUUCAAGAAAUAACAAAAGUGGAAGCCGAAGCAAACAUAUUAACAUAAACUAUUUGGUUGUCAGAGAUCAUAUAAAGAAAGAUGAAGUGGUCAUUAAGUAUAUAAAGACAUAUCUUAUGAUUGCAGAUCCCAUGACUAAAGACUUGCCGACUAAAGUUUAUAAAGAGCAUGUAGAGAGCAUGGGAUUGGUUGCUUAA